GAGAACUUGUCUCCUAGAGAGAUAACCUCCCUUCUCUCUCUCCUCCUCCUUCUUAUUCCCACUCCCUCUCCUCUCUCUCCACUGACCCCCUUCCUCCUCUCCCUCCGUGAAACCAACGCCCAACACGCACACACGAGACCGCAAUGGAAGUUGCUGCAGCCAAGCAACUCCUCCCCAUGGCGCGGGGCCCCAACUCCCCGUCCUCCUCCACAUCCUCUUCGUCUCCCUCCUCCGUCGCCUCCCCGUCCCGCCAGUCCCAGCCCGUCUGCCCGUCCCCCAAGCCCGUGCCGCGCGUCAUAGACACCACGCCCUUCCCCACCACCUUCGUCCAGGCCGACACCACCUCCUUCAAGCAGGUCGUCCAGAUGCUCACCGGCUCCGACACGACGUCGUCGUCGUAUCAGAAGCCCGCCAAGAACCACCAUCACGGCGGCGUCGCCGGCGUUCCGUGCCGGCCCAAGAAGCCGGCUUUCAAGCUGUACCAGCGCCGGAGCGGGCUCAAGAACCUGAAGAUGAUCGCCCCGCUGGCGAUGUCCGCGACCGCGGGGGCGUCUCCGAGGAAGACGCCGGAGAUUCUGUCGCCGAGUGUGCUCGACUUCCCGUCCCUGGCGCUCGGGAGCCCUGUCACGCCGCUGGUGGCCGACCCCUUCAACCGGUCGGCGUCCCCGGGGGAGGAGGAGGCCGUCGAGCGCGCGGCCAUUGCGCGGAAGGGGUUCUUCCUUCACCCCUCCCCAAGGGGCGCCGAGCCGCCGCGGCUGCUGCCGCUGUUCCCCGUCACGUCCCCCAGGAUGGCAUCCUCCGCCGCCGCGGCGCCGUCGUCCCAGUGAUCGGGCCCUGCGCGCCGUGCUGCCGGAGUAUUCUUAGUACCGUGAGAUACUACUUAUUGUUCAACUCGCUCUUGGCGCGUGAUGUAUUUUUUGCUCAUGUCCUGAGCGAUCGCGAAGUAACGGAAAGAAGAAUCACACUCUUGAA